AGACCCGGUUGCUAUUUUAUGCUCCUCGAGUUACUCAUCCUUUAAGUCAGUGGGGUGGGGUUAGGUGCGCGUGCGCGGUUUUAAUUCUCCUCCCCAAACUGCCAACACUUCGCGCACGCGAGGUAGGUUCCCCUUCCCUGGGUUUACGCGUGCGCACUAACGGGCCUGGCCCGGAAGACCAAACGCCUGCGCAGAGAGUACUAGGGUGACAGACCCCCGGGUGGGGCGCAGGCCAGUCAUGGCGGAGCCUUGGUCCGGGCAGUCCUUGCAGACUCUGCCGGCCACGGUGCUGGGCGCGCUGGGCGCCCUGGGCAGUGAGUUCCUGCGGGAGUGGGAGGCGCAAGACAUGCGCGUGACCCUCUUCAAGCUGCUGCUGCUGUGGUUGGUAUUAAGUCUCCUGGGCAUCCAGCUGGCGUGGGGGUUCUACGGGAGCACGGUGACCGGGCUGUAUCACCGCCCAGAUCCCCACCCCCAGCCUGGUGCAGCUCUGGAUGUGUUCCUGCCCCCAGGUCUGGGCAGCCAAAACGGAUCCACAUCUGAUGGCUCCACGCAUUUCUCUUCGUGGGAAACAGCAACAAAUGAACCUCUCAAAACCCACAGAGAAUAAAAGAAGGCAGCAGAGGGGCCUCCAGAGACAUCACCGGGUCUGCUGGCUCCCACACUGGGUUCUGUUGCUGCUCAGACCCCAGGGACGACUGCAGGGGAGUUGGGGCUGGGGGCAGGGAGUACCCCAGUGCUUGCAGGGCUGGGCCUCCACUGCCCUUGGCCUUGCCUCCAGCAGCUCCAGGCAUUGGGCCAGUUAAGAAUUUGUCUCUACCCUGA